AUGGCUUUGAUUUCUCGUCAUCAAUCGGAAGCUUUUAAACUUCCCUUUAAACUUCCUCCGGUUUUUGGUCCCGUGAGUUGCUUCUUGGGAAUAAAGAAGGUCGAGGGUUGCGCGAGUGCCAUAGAAUACGGAAUACUGCAUGGAGGAGACUUUUCAGGUAUGGGUAAGAAAUGUUGCGAGGCCGUUACUGUCCUCGCUGAUGCUUGUAUGCCGAUUAUUUUCCCCGGAAGACCGUACUUUGCCCUUGCGGCUAUAGCUGCUUGUAUCCGUAAAUUCGAUGACGUUAAUUAUGGGCCCGUUACUUCUGCGCCUGUUAGUUAUUAG